AUGAAUCUAUCUCAGAUCGAGAAUUUAAUUGAAGACAGCGUGCAGGCUGACGUCGACCUCAAUUGUGCUCAUUAUGAAACGUACACUCUUGCUCGGUUCGUGCUCAUAUCCGUGGCUACCGUAAUCGCUGCUCUGGGAACUGUGGGAAACAUCAUACUGGCUUAUGUAUUUUCAGCGAAACAUAAUUCGAACACACCUGCUACUUUAUAUCCAUCGGUUCUCGCAUGUCUCGAUUUUGCAAUUUGCCUCGAAUACAUCCUGAUGUUCGGUGUUGACGCCAUCGUUAGUUAUCUUCAAAUUGAGAGUUUAUUCAUCCUCUACUAUUUCUACAUCAUUCCCACAUAUGUGGUCGCCAGAAUAACGCAGCUCGCAAUUCCUUAUAUGCUCAUUUUCGCGACACUUGAACGAUUAUUUUGGACAUCGAAAAAGAAGAAUCCAGUUCUGAAGGCGUUCCAUUCGACGACGGGCCGUCAUGUCACCGUCAUCGUCUCGCUCAUCUGCUGUUGCGUUCUUCGUCUUCCGACGGCAUUCGCAAUAAUGGUCGAGGAAUACCCGAAAUGUCCCGACUUUUUCCGAACGAUGACCACAAAUCCAAGGGAGUGGGUUCUCAAUAGCGAAGUCUAUCGGAUAUUCGAUUUUCACGUGAUGACGAUUGCUCAAACAAUGGUCCCAUUUGUGCUUCUCGUUGUUCUGAAUUUGGUAAUUGUGAAGAGGAUGUGCUCGGAUAGUCUUCAAAAAGAAAAAGAGAAGGAGAAAGAGAAAGAGCCGCAGACUUCUGAAGUUUGCUAUCAAGAAGAUCGACUGCUAACGAAACAAGUGGCGGUUCACAAAUCUUCAACAACCAUCGGGCUUUCGCUACAGCCAUUGAAGAGCAUGUCUCCGGCUGUGCGAAGCGCUGUGUUCACAAUGGGAGCCAUCGUCACUUCCUAUUUGAUUUCCAAUGUUCUCCAUCUGAUUCUGACGGUUCUCGAAAGAUCCGAUCAUCGAAUUCUGAAGUCCGACGAGGAUCCGCUGCUGUCUUCAGCGUUUCACACAUUCUUUUCGGACGCUGUUUCAUUCACCUACAUGUUCACCUCAGCUAUUCGAAUACUCAUUUAUUAUGCAUGUAAUCCAAAGAUUCGAAACGAUUUAAUCGAUUUUUUCGCCAAUCGCAAAAAUGCCGUGUACUUAUGA